ACCCGGUUUUCUGUUUCCAAUAUGGCUGCGUCCAGGUUAGAAAUCAAUUUUAUCCGGUUAUUAUCGCGGUGUGAAGCUAUUGCUUCCGAGAAAAGAGGAGAGACUGAAUGGAGGCUGGAGAAGUACGUUGGUGCCUUGGAGGACAUGCUGGUGGCGCUGAGAAAAAGUCCAGGCAAACCUACAGCUGAGAUCCUGACGGACUACACACGUAAAGUAGACUUCCUCAAAGGUCUUAUAGAGGCUGAGAAGCUGCCGUCUCCUUCAGAGAAAGCUUUAGCCAAUCAGCUUUUGGCACCAGGUCGCACACCCACCAUCUCGAGUGAGAGGAUGUCUGCCACCAAGACGGUGCACAUGCAGAGUAAAGCGCGGUGCAUGGGGGAGAUGCGCUCCGAGCUCUUCAGCACUGCCGUCUCAAAUGCAGGUGCUGAGACAGAGCUGAGACAUAGGAGCCGCAGUGUUGUGGGGGGUGAGGGCGAGAGUGCCGCCGAGCUGGACGCCGUACUGCAGCACCACCACAGUAUGCAGGAGAAAUUAGCAGAGGACAUGCUGCACCUCGCACGCAACCUGAAGAACAACACGCUCGCUGCACAGAACAUCAUCAAGCAGGACAACCAGACUCUGAGUCAGUCCAUGCGGCAAGCGGAUAUGAAUUUCGAGAAGCUGAAGACUGAAUCGGAGCGACUGGAGCAGCACGCCAAGAAAUCCGUCAACUGGCUCCUCUGGCUGAUGCUUAUAUUAGUCUCGUUCUCCUUCAUUAGUAUGAUCCUGUUCAUCCGCCUUUUUCCCAGACUCCGGUGAUUCAGCGUGACCCAAACACAUACACACGUGUACGGACUUGAGUUUUGAUUAUGCAAACCCCACUGAAGGCCUGAAAGUGACUCAAAAAGGAUCCUGUUCUGUGUGUAAUGGUGAACAUGGACACUGCUGCCAUGUUAACACUAAUCCUAGAUCUCCAUAUCUACCUGCUCCAUUAAUUCCCAAAUAAUAUCCACCAUCAUCCUGCUCUUUACAGGCAUUACACUUUAUCUGCAGUCUAUGGCCCACUGAGUGUUCCACAUGAACCCUGAUGUUCUCUGGGAGAAAGCUUUUUAGCUUUUUGUAGCUUGUAGCUGGCCAGGCGUGUCUUUGAUGGGACACAUGGACAUGUUUUUGAGAAAUCAUCAGACCUGACUGACUCCAAGUAAAUAACAUCCUCUUAGCCCUUCGCUCCACCAGCUCCACAAGCAAAGGAGUUCUCUUUUACACUCAGCCUGCGGUGAUGAAGGUAUAUGCAGGUCUCUCUCUCUCUCUCUCUCUCUCUCUCUCUCUCUCUCUCUUUCCCCCGAAUCCCAUUCCUGCAGUCUUUUGUUUGUUUGCAUUUACUCUUGACAAUUUCUAACAGAAUGAGUUUGUUCCAUUGCAAAAAAGAAAUGAGUUUAGUCUUUUUAUUUAAAAAAAGAAAGAAAGAAAGAAAAAGGUCCCAGGCCACACACCAUAGAAUAUCGAGGCUGUUUGAGCUGCCCCUCGUCUGCUUCGUUCCACAGCACGCAUCACAAUUACGAACCCAUGUUAUAAUCACAUGAACAGACGGGACACGAAUGACAUCCUAACUGGUAAUGAUGCUGAAAUUCUCUUUGUGCAGCACUCGCACGAUCACCAUUGUUAUAAAAGGCGAUUAAUUACGGUGCAGGAAUCUUCAAACAAGUCUCACUACACAUGUGGUUCACUGUAUCUUCAGUUCCCUGCACAUGACUUGAGUUGUAAUCGAAUCCUGUCUUAUACGAUCUACCAUUAAAUGCGAUUGGACGUUACAAAGAAAAAAUUAAGCCUGAAAGGAGGUGUACCCCAAAUCUGAUUAUAUUCAAUCCACUGACACGUGACGAAAAACCUCUAUUACAUCUGCUUAUUUGACUUCCAUUUAAAGAUUUUUUUUUUUAUCCAUUAAUUUAACCAGAGUUCAUCUGAUGUUGUUUAAAACGUCUGCCAUUGUGCUUGAACACACCAUGCCCCAAUUUUAAGGUCCACUCUGGGCUUUGCGGUCCAGCGGGGCUUGUUUUGACUCGCCUAAGCCGCAUUCUGAGACGCAGCAGGAAGCUCCUCUGAUCCUUUUCCAUACACUUGACUUGCUGAAGCUCAGCACACUUUCUGCACUCUGAGAAACGUGCCUGAUCUGUGCAUUCUGUUCAUAAAGAAAAAAAUCCACACUCCAUCUUGAGAUAAACACAUUGAGGUCAGCAGCACCAUUUGUUCACAUUUAGAUCAAUCUGUCGCUUUUUUCCGUUCCAAACUCCAGGAAUUAAAUUGCAAAUAAAAAAAAAUUCCAACAUUAAUUUCACUCAUGCAUUUAGUUGAAUAAAAAGUUCCGCCCACAAUAUUUGAUUGACAGCACUAACUUGUUGACAGGAAACGCAACUCAAAUUGUGUAAAGACGAGUGUGCAAUAUUCAAAGGAAUGAUUGCACUCAGGUUUUUCAGUGUUGCACCUGAUAAGAUGUUAGCAAUAAAAAAAUGUACAUGCAAAUCUUUUGAAUUUGAAUGACGGAGCAAAUUGUGCAUAAAAAAAAUUCCAGCUGCAAAUGUAUAUUUUGGAUAAUGAGCUUUAUAGCAGGGUCUUAGUUGGAAAAAUGUCGCCGUCCUCAGUGCCUGUGUGUAAAACGAAAAAAAGUUUUAUUUUAAUUGUAUGAAUGAAUGAAUAAAACAAGCCCGAAGGA